CAAAGCACAGAUAAUUGUCAGCCCAGCACAGUAGGGGUCAAUUUAGUCUACUUACCCAGUGGCAAGAAGAAGAAGAAAAAAAGUGGGCUGUAACUUAAAGAUCUUAAGACUCACUAGAGAGGGAGGAGUUGGCCUCAGGGUGGGAGGAGAGAGUGUGGAGUUUAGGAGGAGACAGAGACUCAGGAGGGUGCAAGGAAGUGUCUUGGCUGAGCUGGGUGGGAAGGGGAAGGUAGAGAGAAGCUGCCAGAGAAGCACAUCCUGCUGGGUCUGAGCUUCCAGAGGGGCUUAUUCUGCAUGCUGGGAAGGGUGCCCUCAGACCUUCUCUUACUCAGGGCGCUAGCUGAGUUGGAGAUAUAGCUCUGGAGCUGGUGUCCCUGGGACUGACCACCUACCUUCACCUUCACUCCAUUCACCAGUAUGGAAGAUGACAGUUACAACUACUAUGGGGCCGACAACCAGUCUGAAUGUGAGUACGAAGACUGGAAGUCCUCUGGAGCUCUCAUCCCUGCCAUCUACAUUCUGGUCUUCCUUCUAGGCACCACCGGCAAUGGCCUGGUGCUCUGGACCGUGUUUCGGAGCAGCCGGGAAAAGAGACGCUCAGCUGACAUCUUCAUUGCCAGCCUGGCAGUGGCCGACCUGACCUUUGUGGUGACUUUGCCACUGUGGGCCACUUAUACCUACCGGGAGUUUGACUGGCCCUUUGGAACCUUCUCUUGCAAGCUCAGCAGCUACCUCAUCUUUGUCAACAUGUAUGCCAGUGUCUUUUGCCUCACAGGUCUCAGCUUCGACCGAUACCUGGCUAUCGUCAGGCCAGUGGCCAAUGCUCGACUGAGGCUGAGGGUCAACGGAGUUGUGGCCACAGCGGUCCUGUGGGUGCUGGCUGCCCUUCUAGCUGUGCCUGUAAUGGUGUUCCGUUCCACUGCUAACACAGAAAACAGCACCAAGGUCCAGUGCUAUAUGGACUACUCCAUGGUGGCUACCUCAAACUCGGAGUGGGCCUGGGAGGUGGGCCUUGGGGUGUCAUCCACUGCCGUAGGCUUUGUGGUGCCCUUCACCAUCAUGCUGACAUGUUACUUCUUCAUUGCCCAAACCAUCGCGGGCCAUUUCCGUAAGGAGCGCAUUGAAGGCCUGCGGAAGCGGCGCCGGCUGCUCAGCAUCAUAGUGGUGUUGGUGGUGACUUUCGCCCUGUGUUGGAUGCCUUACCACCUGGUGAAGACGCUCUACAUGCUGGGGAAUUUGCUGCACUGGCCCUGUGACUUUGACAGCUUCCUCAUGAAUGUCUUUCCCUAUUGCACCUGCAUUAGCUAUGUCAACAGCUGCCUCAACCCCUUCCUCUACGCCUUUUUCGACCCUCGAUUUCGCCAAGCCUGCACUUCCAUGCUGUGCUGUGAUCAGAGCAGGUGCAAAGGCACCCCUCACAGCAGCAGCGGGGAGAAGUCAGCCAGUUAUUCUUCUGGGCAUAGCCAGGGCCCUGGCCCCAACAUGGGAAAGGGAGGAGAGCAGAUGCAUGAGAAAUCCAUUCCCUAUAGUCAAGAGACCCUUGUGGACUAGGGCCGGGACCAGAGAGAAGCCUGGUGCCUUGGGUCUGACCCAAACUUUAUCCUCGCGCUCUGAGAACCAGGUAGCAUGGCUGCAUCUACUCCCUACCCCUAGUUCCUUUCCCUGCUCCCUGCCUCGAAGCUCUGUCUUGUCCCCCACUUCUCAGAGGUUUGUGAUUCAGUGGGAAGAGAUGGAUGGAGCCUUGCUAACAGACCUGUGACCAGCUGUUUAAUGUUCCCGAGGCUGACAUCGCACAAGUCUCCUAUUCUCUCUAAGCCUCAGUUUCUCUGUAUUAAAUGGGAGAAUGUUUUAUGGAUCCUAAUUGAAGAUGAGUCCUGACUUAAUUUGUUUCCUUCUACUUUUUCCUUAGCUCUCUAGCUCCCUUCCCCUCUCUUCCUUUUUUUCUCCCUCUGCUGCAGAAGUUUUUACUGCUAAUUACUCACUUUCUAGAUCUAACUCUUUGUCUUCUAUUGGAUUCCUAAGGCUGGGCUCCCAAGGGUUAAGAAUGCUGAAGCUUGAAGGGUAACCCUUUGAGUUCUUACCCUGUUUUCCUAGAGCCAGCAGGGCAGGGUAGGCUGUGUAUAUAGGCAAAUAAUUAGCGCUUCAGUCCCCUGAGCCAGGAGCUCUGGGUCUUUCCAAAAGCUGGAUCAGUUCACUGUUGGUUCAGACACCAGGGCUAGACUGAAUUUUGAAUAGAGAUUUCUCUUUGGCAGGAACUCCGUGUUGCUUAGUAGAUAAUGCAUCCUACCAACAACCCAGAGUCCUCUUCUGUUUGUUUAUAAUUGUGAGAAUUACAAGGCAACAGGGCUGAGGAAGCUGUGGACCAUUCCGUUCCUAUGAAGGGGCAAUUGGGAAGGAAAACCAGAGAAAGAGGGGUUGGAGGGGAAUCUGUAUUUAGUCUGUAUGCUGCUUGGCUCCCUCCCCCAACCCUUGUUGUCCCCCUUCUACAGAACUGUGAAAUGUAGGACAAAUCUUUCUUGUUCCCUCACUCACCCCAUCAUCUCCCAGAAGUUUUCCAUAGGUGUUGGUGCUACUUGGCACCAAGAGUCACUUGUUUGGGUAAGACUAUUUGCUUUUUGUCUAUGUGGGUAUGCAUAGAUGUGCACACGCGCGCACACACACACACACACACACACACACACACACACACGUGCGCAUGCACGCACACUUACUUCAUGGAUGAAGGAACUUAGAUGAACCUCCCACCCACUUUCUCCUACAAUUCUGCAGGUCUCACAGUCCACUUGGGUAAAAAUGGACAUAUGGAGAAAUGUGGAAUAGAUGAGUUCACCCCCACUGGAUUUGGGGAACUCUGACGGCUGGUCCGUAUUUAGGAAAGAAGUGUAUGUUUGUGCUAGGCUUUCUGUAGGGAGCUGUUUCCUCAUUAGCAUCUGGGAGCUGGGCCCCAGUUUCUCUUCCAGAUUCAUAGUGGGAAGAAGAGACAUAUAGAUCAUAGCACAGCCCUUCCCUCGUGUCCCAUACCUGCUUUCCAGUUACUCCUCACCAUUCUCACUUUCUUCAGGGUCUGUGGCCCUCUUCCUAAGGAGGCUACUUUCUUGCCACAAAAUGAAAGGUGCUUGUUCUCCUCCCCCACAGGACUGAGCCUCUUGGCUUAUCUUGCAGGUUGGGGUGGGGGUGGGGUAAAGGUGGGGAAAAGUGACUGGAAUGGCUGUGGGGGUCUCAAGGACAAAAUGAAUAGUGAGGCCAUUGUGAGCUGGAAAUGGGUGUGCAUAUUCCGGUUUUUGUUCUUAGAGGGUUCUGGAAACCAAGGACAAGACAUAUACCACGGAAACAGGAAGAGCCUGGCUUGAAGUAGUUGGACCAUCUCUGGCACAAAUCCUGCUCCUGAAGCAGAAAGGGGGUUGCUGUGGGGGGUGGGGUGGGCAGCUCCUCUCAGCUGAGUCUCUGCAUGCCUCAGGCCAGAAACUUUCACACAGUUACUUUCUCUGCCCAGGGCCACCCUCAAAGCAGCCAGUACAGGCUGCAGGAGGCUUCUAGGAGGCAGGAAAUUCAUCCCUGGCAUGGGACAGAUAGCAGCAGUGGAGGCUGCCUCUUCUCCCCACCCCCACCCCUCUUCAGAAUGUGCUCUAUUCUGAUCUUGUUAGUAGUCACCGUGGUUUAUCAAAUAAAGCUGUUUUGUGUA